GUGUCAUCGCAGGGGGAAGCCGGCUGAGCCGUCGGGCGUGCGGCCGCUGCGGGAGAGCGGCGGACUGGGGCCGAGCAUGGCGGUGCCGUUGCUGGGCGAUCUCUGGGCCGAGGCCUCCGUGGAGAGCCGCAUUUUCUGCGCGGUGCUGCUCUUCUCCUGGGCCGUCUAUCUGUGGGAAGCGCUGCUCGCCUGGCGGCAGAGGACUGUAUACAGGACUACUACCCAUGUCCCACUGGAAUUAGGACCAAUUAUGGACUCAGAAACAUUUGAAAAAUCGCGCCUUUAUCAACUGGAUAAAAGUGCUUUCAGUUUUUGGUCAGGGUUAUACUCAGAGAUAGAGGGCACAGUGAUUCUGCUAUGUGGAGGAAUCCCUUUCCUCUGGUCUGUAUCUGGAGAUAUUUCUAAUCAUGCUGGUUUUGGGCCUGAAUAUGAGAUCGUUCAAUCACUGGUGUUCUUGCUGCUUGCUACUCUCUUCAGUGCGGUCACAGGUCUACCCUGGAGCCUGUAUAAUACUUUUGUCAUCGAGGAAAAACAUGGCUUCAACCAGCAGACUCUGGGAUUCUUUUUCAAAGAUGCAAUCAAGAAGUUCAUUGUGACUCAGUGUAUCCUUCUGCCAGUGACCUCACUUCUGCUUUACAUAAUCAAAAUAGGAGGAGACUAUUUCUUUAUCUAUGCGUGGCUUUUCACUUUAGUGGUUUCUUUGGUUCUUGUCACGAUCUAUGCAGACUACAUUGCUCCGCUGUUUGAUAAAUUCAUCCCACUCCCAGAGGGUGAGCUCAAGCAGCAGAUUGAGGUGAUGGCAAAGAAUAUUGACUUCCCCCUGACAAAAGUUUAUGUGGUGGAAGGUUCCAAGAGGUCUUCUCAUAGCAAUGCUUAUUUCUACGGCUUUUUCAAGAAUAAGCGUAUCGUGCUGUUUGACACUCUUUUGGAGGAUUAUUCUGCACUUAACAAAGAGCGCCCUGAGGAGCCUGGGUCUGAGACGCAGAUGGCGGGAGGAGAUGAAGAAGAUGCAGAGGCAAAGGCCAAAGCCAAGAAUAAGAAGCAAGGAUGCAAAAAUGAAGAAGUCUUGGCUGUGCUGGGCCACGAACUGGGUCACUGGAAACUUGGCCACACUAUUAAAAAUAUUGUGAUCAGCCAGAUGAAUUCCUUUUUGUGUUUCUUCUUAUUUGCGGUCCUGAUUGGCCGAAAGGAGCUUUUUGCAGCUUUUGGAUUCUAUGAUAGCCAACCAACCCUGAUAGGCCUGUUGAUCAUCUUUCAGUUCAUCUUCUCACCUUACAAUGAGGUUCUCUCCUUUUGUUUAACUGUAUUAAGUAGGCGAUUUGAAUUCCAAGCAGAUGCAUUUGCCAAGGAUCUUGGAAAGGCUAAAGACUUGUAUUCUGCACUGAUCAAGCUGAACAAAGAUAAUCUGGGAUUCCCCGUUUCAGACUGGUUGUUUUCAAUGUGGCAUUAUUCUCACCCUCCACUGCUAGAAAGACUUCAAGCACUGAAGGAAUCUAAGCAAGACUGAAUGAAGUAACUGUUGGCUCAGAGAAGGAGCUUUCAUCCCAAAUCAAGUUCCCACUUUAAAAAAAAAUACUCAUUUCAUUCCUGAGUAUUUCAUUCUGCGUAGCAAUAUGCGUUGUUCAUCUGAUUUGAAAUUCUGCCCUAAAAUUCUGUAUCCAACCAAUGUAAUUUGAAACAGAACUUUGUGGGGGAACAAGAUGGAGUGGAAUGUAAUGUAUAGCAUUUAUCUUGACCAGAAAACAGCUCUUGAGGGAGAGUGAUUUGUUACAACUUGAAGUGUCCAUGCUUGAAUUGUGAAAGCUUUGAAUGUGACUUUCAUACCUUUUAAGCACUUUGCCUGGGUGUUCUUAUACAGUAAACUUCUAGCUUUCCUACCUCAUUCAUGUGGUAGUGGGAAUAAGGACCUGGAAAAUUAUUUUUGCCAGUUGGGAGGCAAGGAUCCAAAACCAGCUGCCCCUACCCAGCAACCGUACACAGGUAUUGGAUUACAGUCACCAUAAUCCCCAGCCAGUACACUCAUUUGUCAUGCUGGGGGUCAGGAUAUUUAUAGUCCCAACACAUGUGCAGGGCACAAGGAUGGAGAAGGCGGAAGUAAAUCAAACUCUCUCAGUUGAAAGUGUGGGUUUUCUGCCUUAGGUCUGAGAGCAUCCCUCCAGUAAAAUGGCUUUUUAUACAGAUAAUCUGAAUGAGGACAGAUAAUAAAUUACAGCUGAUAAACACCCUUGA